AUGUAGUGAUCCAAUGGGCGCUGCAAUCGGUGUUAAAGGGUAUGAAUGGGGCGUCCAUUGGGUGUCCAUUGGGUGCGGUGUUUGACAACAGCAUUGAGUUGUGUUUCAAUCAAACAUUUAAUACUAUAAUAACCGGUAUUUCAUUGCUUUUAUAUUUGACCACAAAUGGCGACUAAAUCACAUAAGAAGUCUUUGGCCACCACAACAAUCACCACUUCUUCGGGAGAACAGGUGAGCUCUAGUGAAAGACCUGUCAGUCCUCAAUCGCCAUCGAGAUUAUCAAGACUUCAGGAAAAGACUGAACUCCAAGGACUGAAUGACCGAUUGGCCAAUUAUAUUGAAAGAGUCAGACAUCUAGAGUCGGAAAACAGUCGACUGUCCGUUCAGGUCCAGUCCAGUCAAGAGACGGUCACUCGAGAAGUAUACUCUAUUAAGACAUUAUACGAGAAGGAGAUCGCAGACGCCCGACGAUUGCUUGACGAGACCGCCAAAGACAAGGCUCGGCUUCAGAUUGAGGCAAACAAAUUGCAGAACGAUGUCGAAGAUGUUUCUCUCAAGCUUAAUAAAAAAGAUAAGGAAUUAUCAAACGCUGAUAAAAGAAUCAAUAAUCUGGAGUCAAAUGUUGACGAAUUGAAGGCUCGACUUAAUCAAGCAGUUUCUGAUCGUAAACGAGCCGAAGAUGACCUUAAAGAAGCUAAAGCCGAUAUCAAUCGAAUGGAGAACCAAUUGGAAGCGAUUCGCAAACAACUACAAGAAGAAACACUUUUGAGAGUUGACUUUGAGAAUCGUAUUCAAAGUAUGAAAGAAGAGAUGCAAUUCAAGCAACAGAUUCAUGAAAGAGAAUUGGAAGAGACGAAAGUGACUCAGGAGACAGAAAUUACUGAAAUGGUUAACGACCAGAUCAGAGAACAAUACGAACAACGAUUAGCUGAUGAACUCAAAGAAUUAAGAGAAGAGAACGACUCACAGCUUAGGAUGAAUAGAGAAGACAUUGAACGCAGAUAUGACCUGCAAUUUCAAGAUCUGAAGAAUGCUUUGGACAACAAAAUGAACGCAUCAAAUGCGUUGAACAAUGAAUUGACACAAUUAAAGACCAAAUUGGAGACAAAUGUGUCUAAAUUGACUCAACUCGAGUCUGUUAAUCAAUCGCUUAAUAACCGAAUUAAAGACUUGGAACGACUUAUUGAACAGGAAAGGGAAUGGAAAGAAAAUGCAUUGAAAGCUAAAGACGAUCAAAUCAAACAAUUAAGAGAUGAAACAAAAAGUAUGUUAAAUGAUUACCACGACUUAUUGGACAUUAAGAUUGCAUUGGAUAUGGAAAUUAGUGCGUAUAGAAAAUUAUUGGAAGGAGAAGAAAGUCGCCUUAAUAUAUCUACUCCUCAAUCAUCACCAGUGAUCAGCUCUGGUAGUCGAGUAGUUUCUCCGCGCACUUACACACCUAGAAGUGCUAAAAGAAAGCGAACUGUUUAUCUACAAGAAGAGGAAAAUACAGUGGAUAUUGUGGUUAAUUCGAACUCGAAAUCUGAUGUUGAGAUAUCAGAUCACGACUAUGAGGGCAAAUACGUCAAGUUAUUCAAUAAAGGAGAUAAAGAAGUUUCUCUCAGCGGUUGGCAACUCAUUCGAAAUGCCGGUGAUUUGGACACACACUUCAAGUUUCACCGAUCGAUUGUUAUUAAACCCAAUACAACCAUCACUGUGUGGAGUUCGGACAGCAAUGCAGCUCAUAGUCCACCAAAUGAUAUCGUAAUGAAGGGUCAGACAUGGUUUACAUCAGAUGCUAUGCAAACAACUUUACUUAAUAAUAAUGGAGAGGAAAUGGCGACUCGCAAGACAUCUAAACGACUGGUCAGUGCUUCAGCCCAACGCUCCUCAGAGGGUUAUCUGAGAUCACAACAGGUGGAUGGCCAGGGAGCUCAGGAAAGGUGUGCCAUAAUGUGAUGCAAUAGUAACACACACGCAAAACAAAUCAAAAAAUACUUAUAUUUAUGAUAUUUAUAUAUAUAUUACGCCAUAUAUUAAUCA